UUCAAUUUCCAUUCGUACUUUACUGUGACAACGUCGUAGCUAAAAACCAGUGGAAGUAACGCAUAAACCAAAAUAAAAACUUUCAUCCAAAAAGAAAAAUCUGGAGAGAGAAACAACAACUGAAAGGCCAUACCUAUAAUUAUAAACAAGAUCUCAAUAAAUUACAUACGUACAUAUAUAAGAAGAAGCAAGCAACAUGUCUGAGGCAUACUUUGAUGAAUACGAGCACUACAACUUUGACCAUGGCAAACACAUCUUUUCGGGCCACAGCGGCAAGCAGCGCUCCAAGAAGGAGGCCAGCGAGCACACCAACCACUUUGACCCGUCGGGCCACUCGAGGAAAAUUUUAACCAAACUCAUGAACACCAACAACAACAAAAAGAUUUUGAAAAACUGAUACACCAGGUGUACAAAGAAAGAGACGUUAGCACAUCGAGUGACUUGAGAGUGUGAGAAAGGAA